CAUCCUUGCCUUAAAGAACCGGGAUCCUAUAAUGGAUGCUAUGGAUGGCAACAAAGACUGAAAUAUAAAAUGGGCAAUUACAGAAGUAAACUCAGAGGGCUUGGGUGCCCUGAGCUGGAUGUGAACUCUCUCAAAAGAAAGCAAGCACAUGAGAAGACACCUUCAAAGAAUCUCAAAAAGCCAAGAAAGGCUGAGGUGAACUAUUUGCCACCUCACCCACAAGGAGAAACAGAGGAAAGCUUGGAAAAGGAAAGAUUGGAACUUCUUGAUGAAGUGAAGAAGAGGAACAACUAUCGGAUCAUCAGUGAAAAAAUGGCCAAAACAUUCUCAAAUCGCAGACAGGAAGUUGUUAAUCUGGCACCACCUGUGAAUGACUUCAGAAGUAGAUGGCCUGCGCUUUUUGAUGCAGCACAGAUAAAUGAUGAAUUCCAAAGGAUCACCACUGUUAACUUGGAAACAACAUUCAUGGCAAAACUGGACCAGUAUUCCACAAGAAUAAUGUCCCUGGUCUCUUCAAAAGGCGGUGCUGCAAAAAUUAAGAUUGAGCGCAUCAGGAACAUGUUGCAAGAGAGUUCGGUGGAAACAAGAAGAGAGGUCGCAAUCCGUUGCCUGAUGGUGUAUCUGAAAGAGAAAGAAGAGGAUCUCUUCAGAGAACAGCUGGAUGGUGAAGAACAGUUCCCAGAAGAAGUGGUAAAGAUCGUAGUCACCAGACGUGCAGCAGUGUCUCUUCCAGCCGUCGCUAAAAUUGUGAUUGAAGGAACAGCUGUCCUGGAAGACCUUGAUGUGCCCAGAGCAUGUGCCUUAAUGAUGGGACUUAUAUACGCUCUCAAUCUGAGCUACCCCAAACAAGUAAAGAACACUCUAGAGGUAUUCCAGAAGGUGUUUCUGGAACUUGAUGGGCUUAAAGCCAGCCCACGGGUAAUGUCUCUUAAGUACAAACUUCUGUCAUAAAACAAAUGUAAUUUAGGCUGCAAUAUUCAGAUGUGCUGAUGCUUGUGUUUUUUAUGCAGUCUUAGACAAGUGUAGUUUUGAGAGUUCAUAAUGCAUAUAACCUUACCUUUGAAUUGUUGCGUUGUUAAAUAUUAAAAUGUUUGGUAAUUUUCUUGAUUCUGUGAUAUUUACCAAGUUGAUAGGUUAAAGUUAAUGUUUAAUAAUAAGCAGAUUUGCUAAAACAAAUUGCCUUACGUUGCAAUGUUUGUUUUCUGAGGUAUUUUAGAAGGGUGUGAUUUAAAAUUAUUGUUAUUUGGAAGAUUUUAUAUAUAUAUUUGCUGCUUUAUUUAAUAUACCUUUACAAAUCUUUAUAGUGGUUCUCAAAGUCGGUCAUCAGGCCCCACUGCUCUGCUUGUUUCUGUUAAUAACUAAACACUGUUGAUUGGCUGGUGUGUUCAGGUAAUCAGAAGUUGUAGACACCAUUGUGGAGUAAGAAAAACGAAGUAAAUUGGUAUGUUUUAGCUUCUGAUUCAACACACCUUGUCCAGUUAAUAAACAUGUUACAUUUUAUUUUGUUACUGAGGUUGUUUGUGAAGGAAUUGUACUGAAAUACAUUGUU